AUGCCAGGGCCCAGUAUCAAAAAGGAACCCAGCGAGGAGUCGCUCUCAGCCAUACCCGCGAAGGUUGAGGGGACGAUAGCAGCACUGUUCGCCAGCGCUUCUCCUCGUUGUAAGAAAGAGGAAGACGAUGAAUGCUCCCUAGAAACACUGUCAUCGCACCGCACGUCGUCAGAGGGUCACCACGAUGCACACAAGCAGCUCGAUGCACACAAGCAGCUCGAUGCACACAAGCAGCUUGCUUCAAUAGACACACAGAAGGAAGCUACCUAUCCAAGGGAUACCACUGCUACCCGACCCGCAUCAGCCACUGUUCGUGAGCUGCCGCCACAGAAAGAAUGGCAUGGAAGGGUCCGCCCCACGAGUGGUCGCUUAGGUGCUCAAUUAUUCCGGCUUCCAUCUCAAUCUGUUUCGGUCUUGGCGCCACCAGCAAAACAAACAGUCGCGUUCACCAAAACACGCCCGCAAAACCAUUUGUUGACCGACAACCGCAUCACGCGUUCGACACAGCUUCCAUUUACCCGCUUGCCCCCACGCACGCAUACACGAGCAAUCGUGCGCGCAGGAAAGAUGGACUUGUUCAAUCUUCCUGACAACAACGCGAUGGGCGUGAGCGAGGGAGUCGACAUGACCGCUUUCCCAGGAAUGAUGGAUCAGUUUCCUCCAACUGUGACAAUCCCAUUUGCUGACCACCAGAACCAACAGAACCAGGUCCAGUAUCUCCAGGCAAGCUCCGACAGACAGCAGGGCGCGAUCACGCAGCUACAUGCGUACAACCAGCACCUGUUCUCAGUCGUGAGCAUGCUGGAAGCUCGUAUCUCCCAGCUGGAAAACAGCUUCCAAUUUCGGACAUCAGUAGCCACGAACGCCGGUGCUGGAGAGCACACGAAUUUUGCUGCAGACGGUACGGCUCCGCUCAAUGCUAACCUAUCAACCUCGCCCCUCGCACAGACUGACACCGAUGCCAUGAAUAAAGCAUCAGCAAAGCGACCCCUCGCUAACGUAGUUGUACCUGGAGGUGUCGACACUCCCAAGCGUCCGAGGAUCCGCAAGAAGCUCGAGGUCAAGAUUCCCGGAGCAACGAACGGAAACGCGUCUGGCGUCGGUCUCCCGACACCAAUGCUCUCAGCUGUACCAACAGCGCCUACGUCGGCUUCAGGGAUUUCGUUUCCGAAUACUCCCAGGACUCCGUACACUCCGGGUCGGAUCGGACCCCCCGAAUCAUACAAGAGGACAGUCACGUCGAUCAGCAAGCGUGAAAUUCACAAUCUCAAUAAGAUUGUUCCGCCAAUCAACGUCCUACUCCCACUGGUCCCUCUAACGGACACUGAAGUCAUCGUCUACUUCUUCAACUCGCUUUCGAGGCCCAUCGUGUCGCUCCGUUUGUAUGCACGCGGCUGGGGCCCAGCUUCUAUUGUUCAGGCACUCAACGAACAUCGCGAAGUCGUACCCCCGUACUUGCGCAACACUUGUUCAGUGAAGUGUACGACAGCUAUCAAGAAUGGCAAGAAGCAUUUCGGUGAUACCUGGGAGGCUGACAAUCGCCCCAUGCUUUCGAUAGCCCCGGAUGCCGAAGCAACAGACAUGAUUCGCGUCGACAACGACGAACCUAUCGACUACUUUGUUCGCGCUUUGGGAGCCGGGCUGAGGCAGCACCCCGCUGCUGACAAUGCCGGCAUCUUUGCAGAGUGUGUCAAGUACUGCAUGGCGCACAACGCUCCAUACACCAUGUCUAACGUACAUCUGCUUGCGGAAGACCUGGUCAACGGCAAAACCCCCCAGCACCCUGCUCCACCUGACCUAUCUAACAUCAUGAUGCACAUUGACGACGACGACGAGUCCGAGGAGGAGCUUCCUGAUGAUGAUUGCCCGGCUACUCCAACUCCGUUGACUGGACCAAAGCCUUCGUCCCGCGAUCGUGGCGGCCCAGCUGGCUUCACGGCUGUCAACGAUUCGUACGAAUUGAACGCUGAGACCCGCGAGUGA